ACCGCUGCCUGUGUAUACAGUACUGUUUUAGUAGUCAGGUGUCCACCAAGGCUGUCGGUUGUUGACUGCCCGCUUCAUGUGAAGUCAGGUGAGGCCACCCUCGCUGUUCUGCAACCCAAGCUCGCUGCCGUGUUCUCCUGUUCGCUGCUGGCUGCUGCAUGACUUGGGUUAAGAAGAUUUAACUAAUCAAGGAUACUGAGGGUUAACUGAAAGAGACACCACCACCAUGACACGGCUUCAUCAUAUGCCACUAAAACAUCUAUGUUUGAUGCUGACCAUGUACGCUGGACCAGCAACAGUCGCAGGUGCUUCCAAGAUACACAGUCCCAACUGUGCGAGGUGGCAUAGUGGUCAAUGUGUGGAAUGUUACUACAGGUGGUUUGGACCUCAGUGUGAGAGAAAGUGUGACAGGAACUGCUGGACCACUGGGUGUUAUAAGGGUACAGGAAUCUGUGAACAGUGUGUGCCGGGUAGAUACGGAAGACACUGUAACACAAGAUGUCCUGACAACUGUAGAUCGGGUAGAGACGGGACUGUGAACUGUGAUCGGGGUGGCGGGAGAUGCCAGGAGGAGUGUAAGGAAGGUUGGUGGGGAGACACGUGUAGCAAGCGAUGUAAUAGUAACUGUGAGGGUGGAGCAUGCCAUCAAACAUCAGGUCAUUGUAUCAGUGACUGCACACAUGGCUGGCACGGACUGCUCUGUGACAAACGGUGUUCAGUUGGGUGUCGUGGAAACCGCUGCAGUUGUGUGACAGGGGUAUGUACGCAUGGGUGUGAGAAAGGCUGGUUAGGUGAAACAUGUGAAGAGCAAGAACAGCGAAGAGAAUGUAGUGCCACGUGUAAAACGCAUGAGUGUGAUACGAAUGGGAGGUGUUUGAAAGGAUGUAUAAAUGGAUUCAGAGGCAGCUCCUGUAACGAAACAUGUCCGGUGAAUUGCCACAUUUGUCAACAAGACACAACGUCAUGCACGAGAUGCGAACACGGAUGGCAGGGACCUAUCUGUACCAGCAGAACUAUCACACAUCAUCAUCAUCGCCCGUCCAAAAAGGAACCGAUAUUCGACUCACUUGAUUCCCCAUCUGUACCAAAAGGUAGGGCGAACAGCAGGAAUAAUGGCAACGUGUUGCUGGUCUUGGUAGCUGUGAUUAUCAGUGCGAUGGGUCACAUUGAUCUGUCAUGUUAUGCCUAUGAAACAGUCCGAAUACAAGGAACCGUACGAUACAUCUUACAAAAGUUACGGCUACACGUAAAACGGUUGUGUGUGAAGAUUGCACGCCAUGAGUGUACACUAGUUCAUGCGUUUGUAAAUUGGCGGUUUCAAAGGCCGUCAAUAUCAGAUUGUAUGUCCAGUGGUACGGUAAUAUUCUCACCGUAGUUUGUUCUCACAUGAUGCUUCAAUAUCACCUGCAUCGAAUGCAAUCUUUUAUGCUAACUGAAAACAUGAUUGAAUUUCUAUCGUUAGAUUUCUUAACUAUUUACAACCCAAACAUCGAGUUGGUCUCACAUUUAAGAAUGUGUCAAGGGAAAGUAACUCCAACAUACUUCACCGUCAUAGUGACAUUUGGUUUCAUCAUCUUUUACAUUCUUCAUACCAUUACUUCGAGAACGUAUCAACUCAAGCUCAAGUGUGUUGACCAUAGAAUAGAAACAUAGGAACUGAUUGGCCGUCAAAAGUGGUAUUUCUUAUGAUGACAAAUGUGCACCAUGAACAAAGUAAAAAUAUUCAUUUGUUUAUUGUUUUCAUUAGAACUACGUGUGGGAGAAUGAGGAUUCGCCUGAUUGGUCUCCUGAUUUGGCAACUGUUGUACAAAGAAAUAAUGUGCUGUCAAGCAUUGAGAAUCUGUUUAAUCCUGGACACUGAAAGUCCAGAUGUAUAUGAUUUUAAAUAAAAAGAUAUUUUUUUAAAACA